AUGUUUAGUUCUUCGCGACGAUGGCUUUUCGUCGUCUUUCCGGUCCUUACAUUUUGUCUGAUAUACUUUCUCUUUCGACUGCCUGAAUCCGAUCCUACACCCCUGAACAACUCAGAUCAAAUUGCUCAAGCUGAAGGGGAAACAAUUGUCGGAGGGGAGGAGAAUGAGGAGACAAUCCCUCCACCUCCCCCUCCUCCUCCCCCUCCCCCUCCUCAACAGGAGACUGUGGAAGAUAAAUGUGGCCACUUACUGCACCAGCUUGACGAUGUCAUGGUCAUUUUGAAAACAGGCGCUACAGAAUCUCUCGAAAAAGUCCCCAUCCACCUCCGCACAACCCUCCAAUGCGUCCCACACUUCGCCAUCUUUUCGGAUUAUGAAGAGACAAUUGAAGGAGUGCGCACCUAUGAUGUUCUCCGCAACGUCAGUGAUGCGACAAUGGAAACCGAACCGGAAUUUGGCAUCUACCGACGUCUCCAAGAAGUCGGACGCGAAGGCCUGACGGAAGCAGAAUGGGGCGAUGACACAAACGGACCCCUGGGCAAAGUCAACAACCCAGGGUGGAAACUGGAUAAAUGGAAGUUCCUCCCGAUGAUCGAUCAAGCAUUGGAAGUGAUGCCCGAUGCCAAGUGGUACGUCUUCCUGGAGGCGGACACAUACAUAAUAUGGAAGAACCUGGUGGACUGGCUUGGACAUCUCAAUCCGGAUCGGCAAUACUACCUAGGCAGCCCGAUGCAGAUCGGCGAAACCCUCUUCGGGUACGGUGGAGCGGGAAUCGUGCUCUCGAGCUGGACAAUGCAGCUUUUGCACGAGUACCGGGCGCGCGCACAAGAAGACCUGGAGAAGAUGACAGCACGAGAAUGGGCAGGUGACUGCGCGCUGGCGCGAGCACUGCACGACGUGCGUGUCGACCUCACGUGGGCAUGGCCCAUGAUGAUGACUUCGCGGCCCCGGGAAAUCGACCACUUCUCUGAAGGAUACGGUCGGCAGCCGUGGUGCUAUCCAGUUAUCUCAUACCACCACAUGGCUCCAGAAGAUAUUGAGGAGAUGUGGGAGUUUGAUCGAGAAUUCUUCAGCAGCGGCAAGAAUGCACUCAUGCUGCAUGCCGACGUGUAUCAGAGACUAGUCCACGAUGGGAAUUUUUCUGCCCGCGAUGACUGGGAUAACCUCUCAGCUAUCAAAAUCGAUUUUGCAGCUGGCGUGAUUCCCUCAGUGGAUGCUUGUGCCGAGGUCUGUACCCGCAACAAGGAGUGCCUGCAGUAUUCGUUCAGCGACAGUGACGGUGUUUGCAAACACACUUCUACCACCUUCGCUGGUGUCGCCAGAAAUGGCACGCACUCUGGCUGGAUUACUCCUCGCGUGAACAGGCUCCUCAAAGCCUUCCAGUCUUCUUGCGACGCUGUACAAUAUAUCUCCGGCUGA